UCGAACCAGUUGGUAAGAAACAUCUUGGAAUUCAAGCAAAACCACUGGUUAGAUCUUUGUUUGUGAUCCCUGGGCUUGUUAAUCGAGAGAGAAACCCCAACUAUCGAUUCUGUACAAAUUAGUACAAGUGAUGAUAUGAUUCCUCUUUAUCGUUUCCGAUUUCCCACACGGGUUCCCUGCAUCAAUGCUUCUCGCCUCGAUUCUUCUUUUUAUUCUUCAGAAUCCGCUAGUGAUUGUCGUUCUUAUGAUCAGUUAGACAUACAUACGACCUCUCAUCUCAUAAGAAACCAACAAUGGCGUGCUCUCAAGUUCUUAAUCAAUUCAACCAACCCUAGCCCUUUUCUUCAACAACUUUAUGAUUGGGAUGCCUCUUACGAUGUCGUCUUAGGAUACUUCAAAUGGUCGCAGCAAGAGUUUCAGGUAUCUCACUCACUUCAACAUUACUCUAGACUCUUUUAUGUGCUAGCUAAUGCUAACAAAUACGGAAAAAUUAGGGCUUUGUUGGAUAAUCGUUUUGUUAGGAAUGCAAUUAGUGAACACUCGUGUUGUUCGAUUCUUCGUAAGCUUGAGGAAGUUUGUGAUAACGUCUGUGCAAAUUCGAUCAUAGUUGAUUUACUAAUAUUAGCUUAUGUGAAGAACUUGAAGGCAGAUUUAGGAUUCGAAACUUUUGAUAGAGCUGGUGAUUAUGGGCUCAAGUUAUCAGUGUGGUCAUGCAAUCAGUUGUUAAAUUUAUUAGUGAAAGAGGAGAAGUUUGGGCGUGUUGAGUUUGUUUACAGAGAGAUGAUUAAGAGGAGGAUUGAGGUUAAUUUGGCUACAUUUAAUAUGGUGAUCAAUGGGUUAUGCAAGGCUGGGAGCUUGUAUAAGGCAGGGGAUAUUUUUGAGGAUAUGCAAGUUAGGGGAAUUUUGCCAUCAGUGGUGACCUAUAAUACACUCAUUGAUGGGUACUGUAAGAAGGGUGAAGCAGGAAAAAUGUAUAAAGCCGAUGCCCUUAUGAAGGAAAUGGUCAAGAAGAAGAUCUUCCCUAAUGUGAUUACCUAUAAUGCUCUUAUUGAUGGUUUUUGCCGGGAUAAAAAUGUUUCUGCUGCUAUGAAAUUGUUCAAGAAAAUGCAAGACAGUGGGUUGAAACCUGAUGUGGUUACUUAUAAUUCUCUGAUUAAUGGGCUUUGUUGUUUGGGGAAGCUUGAUGAAGCUCUUGCUUUACGGGAUAAAAUGGCUGACUCAGGUGUGAAGCCUACUCUUGUUACUUAUAAUGCUGUAAUGAAUGGGUUUUCUAUGAAGAAAAUGGUGAAGAACUGUGAAGAGGUGUUUGAUGAUAUUCCUAAGCAAGGUUUGGUUCCCAAUGCAUAUACAUAUAAUAUUCUUAUUAAUGCUUAUUUCCGAGCUGGGAAUAUGGAAAAAGCAGCUAAACUACAUGGAUCGAUGUUGCAGAGUAAUGUUAGUCCUAACGUUUCAACCUAUAAUUCCUUAAUAGCUGGAUACAGUAAAGAGGGAGACAUGGAGGCAGCUAAUAGGCUUUUAAAGGACAUGAAGGACCGAGAAUUGAAGGCUGAUCUUGUAACAUAUAAUAUACGAAUUGAUGCACUUUGCAAGAAGGGGGAGUCACGAGAAGCAAUCAAGCUUCUCGAUGAGAUGUCUCAAAUGGGUUUGAUUCCGAUCCAACUAACUUAUAACACUUUGAUGGCUGGUUAUUGUGGGGAAGGAAACCUUAGGGCGGCUCUAAAUGUGAUGACCAGAAUGGAAAAAGAAGGAAGGAGGCCUAAUGUUCCAACAUACAAUGUGCUGAUUAAGGCUUUCUGUGAGAAGGGUAAGCUGGAAGAAGCUAAUGCAUUUCUUAACAAGAUGCUGGAGAAGGGUUUGGUACCUAAUCAUAUAACCUAUGACAUUAUUAGAGAGGAAAUGAUGGAGCGGGGAUUUCUUCCGGAUAUCGAUGGGCAUCUCUAUAACAAUUCUGUUACUUCUUGACCCACACCUSAUCAUGCUUCUUGGAACUGAAAAUGAAAUUUCUUUCUCCAAUACUUGGGGAUUGUGGACCAAAACCAAACAAACCCCCCACACAAAGUAGAGUUUGGGAGGCUAGGAUGUAUGCCGACCUCAAGGAGUAGAGACAUUGUUUCCGUGAAGACACCCAGCUUGUAAAACGGUUUUGAGGAGAAGGUUUUUCUUUCAUUCUUCCCGGCUUGUAAAAAGGUUUUGAGGAGAAGGUUUUUCUUUCAUUCUUUGAAUCUGAAUUUGAUUUCAAAAUGCUUCAAGGUCAAUCUUGUAGUCGGUGCAUUUGCUAAGUUCUUAGUUCUUGCACUGUGGAAUUCAGAUUCACAAAUCAUGUUCUAUCUUGCAAAUAAACUAAAUUUCUUUUAUUUAAUCCUUUAUAAGUACUGAAAUUCAUUUAACAAACUGUUCCAAGUUUCACCAAGUUUCACCAAGUUUCACCAAG